AUGGGGCAGUUAGCAACAACUCAAAACACUAGACUUUCAGGUGCUUCCCCCAGUGAUACAGAAAAGAACCCUCAAGUGAAUGCAGUUACACUUAGAAACGGGGGGGAGCUAGAGGAAAUGCCAAAGAAAAAGAAAGACAAGCCCAUACCUGGGGGAGAGUUGAUCCCUAAAGUGACUCAAGAGCAAAAGAAUGCUACUGAAGUUUCAGAGCCUGUGGAGGCCCCUAGACCACCACCACCUUUUCCCCAGAGAUUGAAGAAAAAGAAUGACGAUCGCAUGUUCACAAAAUUCCUCUCUAUGUUGAGCCAGGUUCAAUUGAAUAUUCCACUCGUUGAUGUGCUUUGGGAAAUUCCAAGGUAUGCUAAAUACAUAAAAGAUAUAGUAUCUCACAAGAGAAGAUUAACUGACUUUGAGACAGUUGCACUUACUGAGGAGUGCACUUGUAGGCCCAGUGUGGAGCAACAACGUCGACUCAAUCCAAUCAUGAAAGAGGUGGUAAGAAAAGAAGUGAUUAAGUGGCUCGAUGUAGGUAUUGUAUUCCCUAUCUCAGACAGCAAAUGGGUAAGUCCCGUUCAAUGUGUACCCAAAAAGGGGGGGAUGACUGUAGUAGUUAAUGAUAAUAAUGAUUUGAUACCUACAAGAACUGUCACCGGGUGGAGAAUUUGCAUUGAUUACAGAAAAUUGAACAAUGCCACCCGGAAGGACCACUUUCCCCUCCCCUUUAUUGACCAAAUGCUUGAUAGAUUAGCUGGCUGGGAGUACUAUUGCUUCUUAGACGAUUACUCGGGGUAUAAUCAGAUUGCUAUAGCCCCAGAGGACCAAGAGAAGACCACUUUUACGUGUCCUUAUGGCACGUAUGCGUUCAAGCGAAUGCCUUUUGGUCUUUGUAAUACACCUGUAACUUUUCAAAGGUGUAUGAUGGCCAUUUUUACUGACAUGGUUGAAAGGUUUGCGGAAGUGUUCAUGGACGAUUUUUCUGUGUUUGGAUGCUCUUUUGAUAAUUGCUUGAUGAACCUUGAUAAAGUACUUGCUAGGUGUGAAGAGACUAACUUGGUGCUAAACUGGGAUAAGUGCCAUUUCAUGGUACGUGAAGGUAUAGUCCUGGGAUACAAGGUGUCCAAAGAUGGUUUGCAGGUGGAUAAGGUAAAGGUGGAAGCGAUUGAAAAAUUGCCUCCACCGAUAUCUGUCAAAGGCAUUCGCAGUUUCUUGGGCUAUGCAGGUUUUUAUCGUCGUUUCAUUAAAGAUUUCUCAAAAAUUUCCUCUCCCUUGUGCAGGUUGCUUGAGAAAGAUGUCGCCUUCAAAUUUGAUGAUUCCUGUCUGAAGGCAUUCGAGAAGCUGAAAGAAAGGUUGGUUACUGCACCAAUCAUAAUUGCUCCGGAUUGGGAGCAGCCAUUCGAGUUGAUGUGCGAUACUAGCGACGUGGCUGUUGGUGUUGUCUUGGGGCAAAGGAGAAAUAAGAUAUUCCACUCCAUUUACUAUGCGAGCAAAACUCUGAAUCCAGCUCAGAUGAACUACACCGUAACUGAAAAAGAGUUGCUUGCAGUGGUGUGGGUGUUUUACAAGUUCCGGUCAUAUCUUGUAGGAACCAAAGUCACCGUCUACACAGAUCAUUCAGCCAUUAGGUACUUGUUUAAGAAAAAGGAUGCCAAGUCGAGACUGAUUCGGUGGGUCCUAUUACUGCAAGAGUUUGAUUUAGAGAUCCGAGACCGUAAAGAAAUAGAGAAUCAAGUGGCUGAUCACUUGUCCAGGUUAGAAAAUCGGAACCAUGUGGCUGAAGGGGAUGCAAUCAAAGAAACAUUCCCUGAUGAGCAGUUAUUGGCAAUCACCUCAAGUACAGUCCCGUGGUAUGCAGAUUAUGUGAACUUUAUUGUAAGUGGGGUGACACCACCAGAAUUGACACCAGACAAUAGACGAAGGUUCUUGCAUGAUGUGAAGCUUUACAUGUGGGAUGAGCCAUUCUUAUACAGGCUAUGUGCAGACCAGUUGGUUCGGAGAUGUGUUCCUGAGGAGGAGAUGAGUACGAGUGGUCAAGUGGUGGUUUCAAACAGAGAGAUCAAGCAAAUUCUUGAGAAAAUGGUGAGUGCAAAUAGAAAGGAUUGUGCCGGAAAGUUAGAAGAUGCAUUGUGGGCUUAUCGAACAGCAUACAAAACUCCCAUAGGUGCUUCUCUGUAUAGAUUGGUGUAUGGGAAGGCUUGUCACUUGCCCGUCGAACUUGAGCACAAGGCCUAUUGGGCAAUAAAGAAGCUAAACAUGGAUGGGCACUUAGCUGGAGAGAAGAGGCUACUGCAACUCGAUGAACUCGAGGAAUUUCGAUUACAUGCAUAUGAGAAUGCCAAAUUGUAUAAAGAAAAGACUAAAAGGUGGCAUGACAAGCACAUUCAAUAUCAAGAGUUCGAGCCAGGGCAAGAAGUUAUGUUGUUCAAUUCGAGGUUGAAGCUUUUUCCCGGAAAGCUUAAAUCUCGUUGGUCAGGCCCUUUUGUUGUGGUCAGCGUGAAGCCUCAUGGAGCUGUGGAGUUGAGAGACAAGAGAUCUAAUGGCACUUUCUUGGUGAACGGCGACGAAGGGCAGGUGAACGAACCAUCAACCAGGAGCAAAGUAGGUGACAAUAAAUGCAAAAAUAAAUGCCCAGGAGCGCACUUCGCGCCCCCUUCGCGCAGAAGUAUUAUGGCACCAAUGAAAAAGCGCCAAGCCACGGGUCCAUCAUCAAGCCGCCAAAGGGCAGCUCCAGCACGCUCCUAUGACAGCAACAAAUUUGUCUCCCUUGAGGCUCAUACCCGUUUUACGGAGAAGGCGGCUAAGAAGGCAAUUGCGGAAAGGGGCAUCAACAUCAAAAAGGUCAAGGAACGAUGCCCCCACAUGUUCAAUGAGUUGAUGGAGCGGGGUUUGCAAGCUUUCAUUGACGAGCUAGGGGAGGCUAAUGUAAUAGUGGUACGAGAAUUCUAUGCCAAUCUACCCGAGCAUGUCAACCAUGUGGUCACAGUGCGCCGUAAGGCGGUAGAUGCCUCCAUUGAGGUGAUACGCACAGCUUUUUAA